UGCCCAGUAAUUCUCGAGUCCUCGUUCAGUUUAAACGUCAAAGUGUCUAUAAAACUAACGGAAAUGGCAACUACAUCCACGAGGUGCAUCCUCGUCAUAUUUGUGGCUGCCGUUUGCUGCUGUCACUGCCAAUCAGACAACCCCGGUUCUUCUUCUUCUUGGGCGAAACUGCAAAUCUCACCUGAUACGUUAAGUUCCAUGAAGUACGGCAACUUUCUCGUUGAAAUUUACGAACACGCCAAUAAUCACAAGGCAACGACAACUGCCAGCGAGAGAAAAUAUUUCUACUCCCCCAUUGCGCUGCUGGACCACAAAAGUGCCGUUAGUAGAUUGAACAGGGUGACGAAACAACAAGAGAUGAGAUUUCGUGUGGAAAUGUGGCACGACAAAGUCGAAAAUGAAGUUGUGAAAUAUUUGAACGAAAUCGUCGAUCAUCAAAUCAAAUCAAAUCAAGUGAGAGUCAUUCCCUUGGAGAAGGUCAUUCUCGCCAGCAAAAAAGCCACGGUGGAUUAUUUGCUGUAUCCAGAGUGGACGAACUAUGACAAAAGCAAAACUCUGAGACUUUCUCUGUCGUGUUAUGACCAGAAAAUCUGCGACGAACUUGCCAGUGAAAUGCGAUCCGACCCCGAACAAUUUGAUCAUUUCAAACUCCUGUACAGUUUGUCAUCGCAGACGUCGCAAACCAAACAGACGACCAUCACCAUCGACAGCGUCACUUCCGGUCAAAUGGUCUCGACUCUUUUACAAAAAUUUAAAAACAAAAAGGAAAUUUUUCUGACGGCCAACGACGAGAAGAAAAUGUUGACCGAAACGGCCACCAACAUUCGAAUGGAUACAUUUGACGACUCCGAGGUCGGGUCGCCUGAUACGGAAAUUCAAAUUUUAAAUAUUUUAAAAGAUUUGCUCGUCAUAUCCAGGACGACCAUCAAAGAGCAAAGUGACAAAAUGUGGGACUCGGUUUUCUGGAAUGAGGACAAUUACCGGCCGGAUAAAACGACGAAAAGUUUAAAUGAAAUCAUCAAGAAAAUAGACACUGAAACUCAAACGAAAUUGGCGGAUAUGUUUCAGAAAGCGGAGAAACAGUCGGUAUUAAUAGGCAAAUUUUCUUCGAGCAAUAAAGAGGAGGAAAGUAUAGGAGAGGAACAAAUUCGUCGCGAAAAUCAAUCGAAAGAUGAGAAUGAAAAUGAAAAUAGAAGAUCACAAGCAACGGACCAAUGGCAAUCCAGCCGCAAUAAAUCCCGGGAUAACAAGUCGAAUACAAACAAAGUUGACACGGAUGUCAGUGGCGGUGGGUGGGGCAUUAAAUUUGGCGUUAAAGUCGGAGUUGAAAAAAACAACACGCACAAUGCCGAAAAAGAAAACGAAAAGAGUGAACACGCCAAGACCAAUUAUGGUGAAUACAACAGAAAUUUAGACAAUAAAGAAAGAAUCCAACACAAUUUCGACUCAAACAGUUGGGCUGACGUGGAUAGAAUCAGUUCAGUCAUUUCAAGGAAAAUGGCAAACGAUUCCGAUGGUUCUCGGCGAGUCGAAAUUAUAAAAGAAGAAAUGGAAAAAUUAUUACAAGAAAGUAGAAAUCACGUCCAAUGGGACGGAGAGAAAUUCGUGCCCAAACCGAUGCAACUGAGCAGAAUCAAUUUGGGCAAAUUCCGCGACUCUCAAUCGUUUCAGGAUCGCAACGUUCGUGUCCGUUACACGACCGCCGAACUGUCGGCGCCGAUAAAAAUUAUGGAACACACAGAAUUGACCGUCACUGACGAAUGGAAGAAUUUAAAGGACGAACUCAGAGAAACUAGAGAACUCUUAAAAACAACUGUAAUGAACUUGGCGAAAACAAAUACCGAACUGGUUAAUGUCAAGCGAAAUUUAACCAACACGAAAAUCGAUUUGACCAAUAAAUUAGAAGGGACGAAACAGGAGUUGGGGAAAACUAAAACCGAAACGGAAAAAACGAACGCCCAUCUCAGGAAAGCUGUCACUGAUUUAUCAAAAAAAUUGAAUGAGAACCAGCAGGAACUGGCGAAAAUCAAAACGGAGUUGGAAAAAAAAGAGAAUAAAGAAGAAUUUACGAAAACGAGAAAAAUCGUCGACGACUUAUCAACAAAAUUGAAUGUGAAUUUGCAAAGAUUGGGUUACGAACUAAAGACCGCCGAGGAAAAUCUGAGAAAAGAACUGAAUGCCAUUUUAAAUAAUUUGGAAACAACAACAGCAAAUUUGGCCUUAGCAAGUACGGAAUUCAGCAACACCAAGUCCGCCGUUUCGGAUUUGACGACCAAAUUAAAUGCCCGAACGAGUGAAAUAGUCGACAUUGGUAAAAUGCCAACCUCCUGUUGGGAUCUGGAGCGAAUGGGACAAAAAGUCAACGGAUUCUUUUCUGUAAAAGGAGCGAAAAAGAUGGAAACGGUUUACUGUGACUUUUAUCUUAAUGGAAAUGACAAACAGAAAUUUAUCGGAUACGACGACGUCAAAUCGGCGCCCGUCCAUUUCUACGUCCAGAGAAAUUCUAAUUUUAACACAGAAAACACUCCGAUUCCGUUCGAUUUGGCGCGGGUGAACGAGGGAAACGCCAUGAAUUUAACAUCGGGGAAAUUCACGGCACCGCGACCGGGAACUUACUACUUCUCCUUCACGGGACUGGCGGGAUUUUCAGCUUCUUCAUAUAUACUUAAGUUACAAGUUGCACUUAAUUUAAAUGGAGUUAUAAUCGGAAAGGGCUAUGUCGAUGAGCAGAAAACCGUUGAAACGCGAUGGGAUCAGUUGUCUCUCCAGUCGACACUGAACCUUAAAUCAGGCGAUCAGGUUUGGGUGAGUUUGACUUACAUUUCAUCAGGGGUGUAUUUGCAUGACAGAGGUGACAUAAGUAACCACUACACCCAUUUCACGGGUUUCAUGUUGGAGGAGGAAAUUGUGGUGUCCCUUUGAGGUUCAACUUCAUCGGCGACAAGAAA